AAUACCACUUUUUGUAUAGUUUGGUUUGUUGUUAAUGACCGUAAACUUUACGCACUUCGCAAGUUUGCUUCGUUUUACUUUAACUGUACUUUUGUAUUAAUUUAUUAAUUAAUAUAAUAUUGUCGAAAUGGCCGACGUUCUAGAUAUCGAUGAUUCCGUGGAGUUGGAUGUAGAUGAAGAGGGUGAUCAGAGCGUUAUCCGGCUUAAGGAUAAAGUGACUAAGAGGAAGGGCAGAGGAUUUGGUUCAGGUGGAUCUCAAAGAUCCGACAAAGUUAGGAAUUAUGAGACUGUCGAUGGAGGUGAAGGCAGUGAUGCCAUGGGACCACAAAAAUCUGUGGAAGGUUGGAUCCUGUUCAUUACCUCUGUACAUGAGGAGGCUUCAGAUGAGGAUUUGAAUGAAAAAUUCUCUGAAUACGGUGUUAUAAAGAAUAUUAACCUUAAUCUGGACAGGAGAACUGGAUUCUUGAAGGGAUAUGCCCUUGUUGAAUAUGCAACAUUUGAGGAGGCAGACAGUGCUAGGCGGGCAUUAGAUGGCUCAGAUAUCUUGGGACAAGCUAUCAGUGUUGACUGGUGUUUCGUUAAAGGACCAAAGAAGAACAAGAGAAGCCGUAAAUCCAAGCAUUAGGUCUAUAAUAUAGUUAUUUUUUUAUUUAUGUGAAUGUUUUAAAAUAAAGUACGUUUUCUACUUAAAA